CGUAUUUGUUUGGCAAGUACUGUAGUACCAUUUGGGUAGCCUCUGGGCAGUACAGAAUUGAGAAUUGAAAUGUACUAUCAUCCAAAACCCAUUAAAGGAGCCUGAACCUAUCUCAAAUCUCAAUAUAUAUUCUCUUCUCCACUUUCUGCACAUAGAGAUCAAUCAAUCAUAUCAAUGGAUGCCGGCGGCGAGGCAAAGAUGACGAUGAAACAGAUGGACAUGGCUUUUUCGUGGGGAAAGAACACAGAAAGCCAGAGUUCAUACAUAGUGGAAUUGGUGUCUGUGUUCUUGCUGUCAAUCCUGGUGGAGAGCCUCUCGCACACCCGAUUCAUCAGCUCCAUGACGAGCCGGGUCGGAGCCGGGCUUCUGCAAACUCUCAUGUACGGCGUGCGCAUGGCUCUCGCUUACCUGGUCAUGCUCGCUGUCAUGUCCUUCAACGUCGGCGUCUUGCUUGUCGCCGUGGCCGGAUACUCCGUCGGAUUCUUUAUCUUCGGCAGUCGGGUGUUUGAGAAAUUGGAGUACGGGAAACCCUCGGAUCUUCCUCCGUUGAAUUGCUGAUUCAUCUGAACAUACACGUGAAUUUUGUUAUUAUGGGUUUUGGAUUGUAAUCUGAUUGCAGGAAGAGUUGUAAAUGCAUUGUUUACAACUGAUUGGCGAGUAAUUUGUGCUUGCUUUUAUGGUUUCAUCCUGGCAUAUUCCGAUACUGAAUGCAUGUAAUAUAUUACCCAAAUUGGUGAUUAAAAUUUGUUGAUUCCCCUAGUACUGCUACUGCUUCUA